UCUCUUUUUAUCUCCUCUUUUCUAAGGUUCUGAUGUUAGGGUUUUGCAAGUGAGAGAGAUAGAGGGAGAGAGUGUGAAAAUACAUCAUCUUCUUCAAAUAUAGGGUUUUGUUACAGAGAGAAGAAUGUCGUCUCUGGGAACGUCGAAGGGAAUCUUGGAGAUAGUGAAAUUCGGUCUUUAUGUGUCGAUCCCGAUCACUCUCAUGUACACAUUCGCCAACAACUCCGACAAUCUCAAGAAAAUCAUGGGCAAUCGGUCAUACGUUGUGUAUCCGCCAGAGGGUCCUCGGCCUCCAUCUCCAGAGGAGCUGCGGGAGAUGGCUCGAGAGAUGCGCAAGAACAAUAACCGCUGACAGGCUCCUGAUGUGCAAGAACAAUUACGCUUGGUAUUGUGGCAGCACUCAUCGAGGUAUGGUAUUCAUGUAGUUUUAAGGGCCCACUUGGCGGUACUACAAAACAGUUGGAGUGGUUUUCUUGUAUAUAACGAGCUGUGUUUCAAAUCUCGUGAAUGUUGAAAUAGCUAUUUUAAAGAGACUUUUUGGGCAAAAACCUCUCAAUGGAAAAAUGAAAACAGAAACCAAAAAACCUCUCUCAUGCAUAGGAACCACAAAGAAUGUAUGUAAUUCUUGUUUUUCCUUUCCUUUAAUAAACUCAUGGAAUUCAAUAAAUUGACAUCUCUUUUCUGCA